AUGAGCGUAGAGGCAACAUUUGAGAUCCGACUUGCAGCAUCGCUUCUGAUUUUGGUUCCUGCCGUCAUUGGUAUAGGACUCCAUACCCUACUCGCCAUUGCACUUUACAGAGGUUGGAAAACUUUCCGCAAAAUUAGUUUUUAUGUGAUAACGGUACAGCUGCAGUGGUGCGAUGUUUGUGCUCUUUUUCUGGAUAUUUACAUUGCCUUUCCACUUUCUCUAACUGGGCAUCAGUACAUGGGCGAUAGUAUAGCACUAUACUACGCUCCCCUAUUUUUUGAAGGGAUAGCAUUCAAUGGUUUGUUCUUGUUAUCCUUUCUUAUGAGCGUCAACCGUUUCCUACUGUUCGUUGUUCCGCGAAUCCACAACAAACUAUUCACUUAUAGGGGAACGAGGAUAAUGUCAAUCAUUCUCUGGAUUAUUGUAUUUCUAUUUAUUGGGCUGUCGAACUACUUCGGAUGUCGGAAGCAGUUUGCCAAAGAUGAUUUUCACUUUUGGUACAAUUGCAGCAACCGUAUUCCUGGAGUUUUUCAUUAUAUUGAUUUUAUGCAUAUCGCAUCAAUCACCCUUCCUGUGACCAUGAUACUAAUGUACGUUAUCAUCUACUUGAAGAUUGGAUAUGUCUUUCAAGAAGGAGUAAGGAGGGAGGUAACUCGUGUCAGCCGAGAGAUUAGAUACUUUGUGCAGACAGUAUUGAUAAGCAUUCUAAUAAUGGUCGAAAUGAUAGCCUUCAUUAUGGCACCCUAUAUCAGGGUCACCGGCUACGGUCUAUUCUAUUUGAAUAUUCUAGUGAAUCUUAUAAUUAUUUCGAAUAAUCUCGUUUCUCCUAUCAUUAUUUUUGCCUUCAACACGGAUAUUCGAAGGCGGCUGUUCUCGACCAUGUCAUAUCGUCAGAAUACUACUGCUGUGAACAAUGCUAAUACGUUUCUAUAA